AUGAAAGUUAUUGCGGCAAUAAAUCCUCUACAUCAUGUAAUAGAAAUUAAAGGGAAUGAAACCAAUGGAUUUUCUCUACUUGGAGUUGAUGGCAGACUUUUAAAAAUUAUCUCAGAUGUGUUAAAAUUCAAUCUAAGCUUUGUGUCACCCAUAGACGGUGAAUGGGGAACACAAACGUCGAAUGGAAGCUGGUCAGGUUUAAUUGGAAUGCUGCAGAGAAAUGAAGCCGACAUUGCCAUGGCAUUCUUAAAGAUAUCGGAGGACUAUCUGACAGUUGCUGAUGCCAGUACCCCUUAUAUGCACCAACCAGUAAAAUUUAUAGUUGGUAAACCUAAAGCACAAUCAACUUCAGUAGCAUUCCUAAAAACCUUUGAUGUUGCCGUUUGGAUUGGAGUUGGAGUAGCACUGCUAUUUUUACUAUUUAUUUUCAAAAUUUUGUUUGACGAAUCUUUUGGAAAUACGCUUUUACAAUUUGUUGGAAAUUUGUUAAAGCAACCUACCACGAUACCAAUCACAUCAAAACCACGUGCACUGCUUUUGGGGUUUUGGUGGUUCUCUGCAUUAGUGAUAUCGUUCUCAUACUCAGCUGCUGUGCUGUCUUUUCUUUCCUAUCCAAUGGACGAGAAAGCCAUACGGAAUUUUGAGGAUCUGUCGAAGGCCGUGGAGAAGGGGACACAUAGAUGUUUAACGUUACGAGGUUCAAACCUUGAUGGCGUUUUGAAGUCAGAGAAAAAUGUUCACUUACGAAAUUUGGGUAAGACGAUAGAGCAGAAUGGAUGGUAUUUUAACAUUGGCGAGAGACUAAUAGAAAAAGAAUUUAGUGAUGCUGCAAUAAUGGAUUUGAAAUUCAUGCUGGAUGUAAACUACGGGUAUCUUGAGAGGGAUUUUACUUCAAUGUCUAUGGAUGGUCUGGAGUCUGGUUUUACUGCAAUGUCUAUCACUAAGAGGUUUUGUUGCAAAAAUGCUAUAAAUACCGUGUUAUCAAGAGUUCAAUGCUCAGGCAUUUUUGAUAAAAUUACUAGAGAUGAGUUGGUUACAAACUGGAUUUUGAAAAGUAACGGUACAUACGUGAAACCUGAAGCAGGCGCUCUUACACUAGAUGAUGUGCGUGGUCCUUUUCUGAUUUUGCUUGGUGGAUAUACUAUUGCAAUAUUUUGUUUAUUUGCAGAAAGAUUACAUUACAUUACUCAUGCGUUAUGUUAA